ACCGUAAGGUCAGAGGUUUGGUGAUAUAUCAAACUUAAAUGAUAAAAAGUAUCGGUAUUGGCGAUACUGGCCCUGAUUUACUUGGUACACCAAAAUAUUCAGUAUCGCUCACCUCUACGUUUCAGCUGCACGUCAAUAACUAUACGGUUAUUCAUCAGGAGUAAAAAAACAACAAAAUUAAAACAUCUCACUGGACUCACUAAAAGCAAAUAACGUUACCAAUUGGAUCAAUGAUUGCUGCAAGCAAAAACCAGCAGGUUUAAUAAGAAAGUACACUUUGCUAAAGUCAUGAAAAAAACCCAGCCUUCCAGAAUGAAAGAAAAGCAAAGAACACGGAAGAAUAUUGUAGAUUGAAUACAGCAAGAACAUUUACUGUUUUAAUUUUAUUAUUAGAACAGAAUAUAAUACAGAUAAUAAUUAAAAUGAAGGAAAGCAAAAAUAAAUAAAUAAAGUAGGUAAAUAAAAAUCAUUAAAGUUGCUAAAUGUGGCAUUGAGAAGUGGCCCAAGGCAAGCGAAUUAAGCAGGGCCCCCACACCAGGGGGCCCCCAAGAGCACCAAGCUCCAUGUAUGUAUAACUAAAUGCUUUUACACACAAAAAAAUAUUUUUAUAUUAAUUUUAAUGUUGUUACACAAAUAAUGGGUCAAUAUCUCCCUCCUGUUGGCUGCUGGGGAAAUAUAACAUAUCAAACUUGUUUUCUGUUCGUUUAGUGUUUAUCAGGUGAGGUUCUGUUAAAAUUAUAUGGCACACUUAGAUAACUCGCUGCAUUUCUAAAUCCAAUUUAUUUCAUAUUUUCUACUCCUCUAAAGUCAUCAUAACACUAAAUGUAAGCUAAUUACAAAUGCCGCUAAUGAUAGUAGGCAUGUUACACACAUAGAGUAAUCUUUAGGUACUAUGAAGAGAUCUGGGGUUGAUAUGAUGGUUUUGGGGGCCCCAAAUGAAAACCUACUCCGGGCCCCAAAAAGACUUGGCCCGGCCCUGGUGGUGUCAGAAAAAGAAAACCAGUAUUUGCUUGGGAAACAUAAUCUAAAAGUGUUUUAAUGUCAGGACUAAAUCAGACUCUAAAUGAACCUCUACCUACCCGCCCCGCUGGGGCUUUUACCCGCAUAUUUUCUGCACAGAUUAAUGUCGCAGAGAUUAAAGCAGCUCUGAUUUCUUCUCUUAAUCCAUCUGCUUCCAUCCCCGCUGCGUCGCCAGAAUCCAGCCUGAGUCUCUGAGACCGUGUGUGUCAUCAGGGGUGUGGACGCUGCAGAGAGGCGUGGGCCCGCGUCACAUCUCCGCCAUAAAGAGCCCGCUUCACCUGCAGCAGCAGCAGCAGCAGCAGCGGCACUCAGGUCGACCCGGUUCGCGGUCUGUUUCGCUUCCCAUCGCCAAGAUCCCCUGUGAUUGGCUGAGCGCUCUCCCUUUAGCCCACCCCUCCGCCCCUCCACUUGCAGACGCGCAGGGACUCUUCGCUGACUCUUGUUUCCUUCCUGCGCUCUGAGUCUGGGAGCACGUCCCCGGGGUUGAAUCGCAGAAGCAGAGAGCAGACGGAGCCGCGCACCAUGGCAGCUACGCACAGCAGCGAGUACCGGGCCUACCUGCGGAACGCCAUGGACAUCGAGGCCGGGCAGCAGCGCUUCCCGCCGGUGCCGAGCUCGGAGCCGACCUACCGAUCGCUGUUCAUCGGGACCCUGGCUGUUAUGGGAAUACUUCAGGUGGCCUCCAGCGUCGCGAUCUUAUUGCACCUGACCGGUUACCUGCACGAGGUGGACCUGUCACCGUCUUCCCGUCCUUCCCUGGAGAUGGAGAGUGAACCAGUGGUGCAUGCCCUGAAAGACCCAAGAAAAAAAGGCAGGUGCAAACUUCCCAAAGACGCCACAACCCCGUCCGCCCAUCUACCAAUCAGAGCACCUCAGGAGUUCACUAAGAAGGACUACAGCAUGAUUAACAUCAAGUGGGACGAUCAGCACGGAAACCUCCACAAAAUGAGCUACGACGACGGAAACCUGCUGGUGAGGGAAUCGGGCCUCUACUACGUCUACGUGAAAACCUGCUUCCGCUACUACAACAUCGGCGGUCCAGACGAGGGCCGUGAGGCCAGGACGCGCCCGCCGGACGUGAGCAAGGCCCAGCUCAUCCAGUACGUCUACCAUAAGAGCAUCAAACAGAACAGCAGGAAGGUGUUGCUGAUGAAGACGGGAAGCACCAAGCAGUGGAACAACACGAGUUACAACAUGUACUGCGCCCAGCAGAGCCGAGUGGUCCACCUGGUGGAGGGAGACGCCUUGUUUGUCGAAGUAUCUAACGCUUGGCUGCUGGACCAGGAGGCGGAAGGGACGUAUUUUGGGGCUGUAAAGUGGGGUAACUGAAACUUUGUCACCGGCGGAGCAAACAUGCUACUGAACAUUUUUCUAACCGAUGGAACCACUUUUAGGGGAUUAGUGAUGUUGAAUUGUCGAACCAGUUUGGUUUAUGUUUUACGCCACCGCGUGUGUUUGGUUGUACGCCACAUUGCCUUUCAUCCAACAGCCCUGGAGACUUUCAUCAGGUGAACUAAAAAAGAAAGAAAGAAAGAAAAAAAAAGGGGGGGUUAAAAACGGAACCUUUUUACUUUCCCACAAAGCUUCUUGAUUAAACAUUUACCAGCACUGGAAUUUUAAAGGACGUUUUUAGUGUGUUGCGAUUUGCAUGCCAAUGGAUUUUUGGCUUAGAGUCCCACAUAGAGUCAGCAUCUGUAUAUGUUGUAGUACUACAAACAAUAAGGGAGCAACAAAGGAAGUGAGCUUCGAGGCAGAAAGGAUUUUUCGGUGCUCAGUGUUGGGCAAAAUGUCCAGAAGGACACUGGGGUGGAGCGUUAUCAGUGUCUCAGACACAACAGAGAGCGCAUGAAUGUUUUCCUAAAAGUUUUAGGUGGUUUGAAAAAGGCAUCCUCACAUUAACUCACAUUGGUUCAAUUGGGAAUGAGCAGUCAGGUGAUGACAUUCUUUAUGUUGUGCUUACAUUCUCAACGUUGGAAUGAAAGCCUUAAAAGCUUAGGCCCACAGCAUUGAAGUGAGGUUCUUUAGAGUAAUUAUCAGUAAUGUUUCUCUCGUCUGUUAUAUUUAACUCUGAACUUGUUGGAAAAAUAAGUGCGUCCUCUAAGUGGUGGAAGCUAAUUAGUCAGAUACACAUGGUAUCAAUCGCUGGUUCCCAGCUGACUGUGAGUCUGCUGGGGUAAUUGUGAAACUACGAGACCUGGAAAACAUGUUAGCAUGCCAUGUUUGCACAGCUAAUGCAAAAAUCAGAGCUGAAAAGGUGAAUCUGGUGGAUUCAUACACCCGACCGGGUCAACCAAGGUGACUCCAAUAAGGAACAUGGAGGUUGUUCAGUUGGACAAAACAACAACAGGCCCAACACCUGCUUCUGUCCUGCUGAAUGUCUCCAGCUUGAGCUGAUUUAAAUGUCUAUGUUAGCUAAAACAGAUUGACUAGCUUGUUGGCUUCCACCACUGCAGGGUGGGGCUGGAUGAUAUCGGUUGAUAUCAAUGAUUAUUUAUUAAUUUUUUUUAGUUUUAAAUAUCUGAAAUGUUGCCACACUGGUGGUGUGACCUUUCCUGUUUUAUC